AACAGGGGGCAGGUAAGCAUGCGCUUCUUGGGUACUUGGGAAAAAAGUUUCUCUUUUCUCUCUAUAUAUGGAAGAAGCCAGUGAAGAUCGAGUCCUCAAUUGGUAAUCAGAGAGCUGUCUCCACUUUACAGAUUCUUGAAAAAAGAUAAGAUCAAAUCCUUUUCUUCCAGGUCCUUCCUCCCUCUCUCUCUCUCUCUUCACAUUCUGCUUCACUGUCUUUCUUUUCUUCUGUUUGGCUGAUAUGGCAUCGGUUUAUGCCAGCUUCACAUCAGUUGUAUGCAAGAAUGGCAACCAUUCUGCUCCUACAAGGUUUCCAAGCACAACCUUCUUACCUGGCUUCGAUGUGGUUGGGCGUGUUUCAAAUGCUUGUAAGAAGGAAAUAUGUCCUCCCGCCAUGAGUUCAGGUCCUAAAGCCACAUUAACUUUUGAUCCUCCAACAACCAAUUCAGACAGAAGCAAACAGAGGAAGCAUACCAUCGAUCCUGCUUCCCCUGAUUUUAUGCCGCUUCCAUCCUUUGAAGAAUGCUUCCCAAAGAGCUCAAAAGAAUGCAGGGAAGUUAUUCAUGAGCAAUCUGGCCAUGCACUCAAGGUUCCCUUUCGAAGGGUCCAUUUGAGUGGAGAUGAGCCAAACUUUGACACAUAUGACACUAGUGGUCCGCAAAACAUCAAUCCACGCAUCGGACUGCCUAAACUGCGCAAGGACUGGGUUGACAGACGGGAAAGGCUGGGUGCACCAAGAUACACUCAGAUGUACUAUGCUAAGCAGGGAAUUAUUACUGAGGAAAUGUUAUAUUGUGCUACUCGUGAGAAGCUUGACCCAGAAUUUGUAAGGUCAGAGGUUGCCCGUGGAAGGGCAAUCAUUCCUUCCAACAAAAAGCACUUAGAGCUGGAACCAAUGAUAGUUGGACGAAACUUUUUGGUCAAAGUAAAUGCAAAUAUUGGAAAUUCAGCUGUUGCAAGUUCCAUUGAGGAGGAAGUUUAUAAGGUUCAAUGGGCAACAAUGUGGGGUGCUGAUACUGUUAUGGAUCUCUCAACUGGACGCCACAUUCAUGAAACCCGUGAGUGGAUCCUACGUAACUCUGCUGUGCCAGUUGGGACUGUGCCCGUCUAUCAAGCACUUGAAAAAGUGAAUGGAAUUGCUGAAAAUCUUAGUUGGGAAGUCUUCAGGGACACCCUGAUCGAGCAAGCUGAGCAGGGUGUAGAUUACUUCACAAUCCAUGCUGGGGUACUGCUGCGAUACAUUCCCUUAACAGCAAAGCGCAUGACAGGAAUCGUUUCUCGUGGAGGAUCGAUUCAUGCAAAAUGGUGCUUGGCAUACCAUAAGGAGAACUUUGCUUAUGAGCAUUGGGAUGACAUACUUGAUAUAUGCAACCAAUAUGAUGUGGCCCUUUCAAUCGGGGAUGGACUAAGACCUGGGUCUAUAUAUGAUGCCAAUGACACCGCUCAGUUUGCUGAGCUUUUAACCCAAGGGGAACUGACCCGUAGGGCAUGGGAAAAGGAUGUACAGGUAAUGAAUGAAGGACCCGGUCACAUCCCAAUGCACAAGAUUCCUGAAAAUAUGCAAAAGCAGCUGGAGUGGUGUAAUGAAGCACCUUUCUAUACCCUUGGUCCUUUGACAACUGAUAUCGCUCCUGGAUAUGACCAUAUUACUUCUGCAAUUGGUGCAGCCAACAUUGGGGCUCUUGGCACGGCACUUCUUUGUUAUGUAACUCCAAAGGAGCACCUUGGGUUGCCAAACAGAGAUGAUGUAAAGGCUGGAGUGAUAGCAUAUAAGAUAGCUGCUCAUGCUGCUGAUUUAGCCAAAGGUCAUCCACAUGCUCAGGCAUGGGAUGAUGCAUUAAGCAAGGCUAGAUUUGAGUUCAGAUGGAGGGACCAGUUUGCUUUGUCACUAGACCCCAUGACUGCCAUGUCCUUCCAUGAUGAAACCCUUCCAUCUGAAGGUGCCAAAGUGGCUCACUUUUGCUCCAUGUGUGGACCAAAGUUUUGCUCAAUGAAGAUAACAGAGGAUGUUCGGAAGUAUGCUGAGGAGCAUGGUUAUGGGAGCCCUGAGGAAGCUGUGCGACAAGGGAUGGAUGCUAUGAGUGCUGAAUUCCUGGCUGCCAAGAAAACUGUUAGCGGUGAGCAACAUGGUGAAGUUGGUGGAGAAAUCUACUUACCAGCCAGUUAUGUCACCUCCUCUGACAGGGUCAUAUGAGUAAGGGGAAUUGCUGCAGAAUCCUCGGAGCCUUAAUGCAUCACUAGCUCACUAAUAACAGUUAUAUAUGCAGUCUUUUACUAUCAUGCUUUAG